UCUCUCUCUCUCUGGGUCUCUCUGGGUCUCUCUCUCUCUCUCCGAAGGCGUGUUUCUUCAUGCAUGUCAGUGUUUGUAGGUAAGCGGACAGACUUGAUCCGCACCGCUAUCCGCAUUCUCCGCGGUUUAGGUUUAACAGCAGUGUGAGCCAUGUCUUUCUUCUUUAAAGGAGCGGUUACAAGUUCUCCAGUUAAGACCAGGAGGCAGGAGGCUGAAUAUGUUUGUCAAAGUCUUGACGUCUCCCACUUCUCUGACUCCUCCUUCGAGUGUUUCUCCACCAAUCCGCUGACAGGCUCUGUGUGCUCGUGCCGCCGAAGUCCCCGCCUGCUUGCCAAUGGUUAUUAUGUACUGACAGAGGACAGUUUUACCACAGAUGACGAGGGUAACGUCACUCUGACUCCCUCGCACACCAGCGUCUCAUACAAAGAGAAUCUUGUCCGUAUAUUCAGACGAAAGCGGCGGCCAAAAAGAUCACUGGCCAGCCUUUUUAGUGAUAUGAGCCAAUCGUGCCAGUCCUGGCUGGAAGGAAGUGUAUUUAGACGAUCUGACCCCAUCACUCCUCUCCAGUCAUCAUCAUGGGAGGAACUAGACACCAGCUUUGAGACAACUACACCUAUCAGCUUCACCUAUGACCCCACAGAUCCUGUUUCCUCCCCUGAUAAAAUGCCUCCUCAGACUCAGCUAGAAGAGGAGGAGCCUCCAUGUGAGUCAUGCUCCACCCAUGAACAAUUCAGCCAAUCAGUGAGCGGCCUCCUGGAUGUUCCUCCACCGUCCAUGUGUCACCUCAGUAGUUAUAGCUCAUCCAGCAAGACGGCAGAAACUGUGUUCUUGAAAGUCCUUCUCCUCAUCCUUACUUUGUGCCUCUGCAUUGCCAUCUCCUCCGGGUGGAUGUUGGGAGGUGUUUCUGCAGCAGUGGCAUUCAUGGUUCUGCUUUCAUCUAUAUGUAUGUCUAAACCUGGAACAGCAGUGCGCUGGAGGAGAGCAAAGACUGAGGACAUCACCUCCAGAAACGAGUGAGGAGGAAGCACACACAAUUACACACAUCUGUGUGAAGUCUGUCCAGAGGAGGCCAGAGGAAGUGAGUGUGUGGACACACAUCCUGCAUCAGCAUUAAAAUGUAGUUAUAGAUCAGUUUUUGUAGUGGUGUUUUCACUGAUUAGCUAAAGAGUUCUGAAUAUAAUAAUUAGUGACAGAACCAAUGAUGGAAGAUGACUGUCACAAGAACUUUUACGUGCUAAGAUAAGCGUGUAUUUUUUAAAUAGAUGGACAUAUCAGUGCAGCAUGAUCAUUCAGUAGAUGUUUACGAAUUUGAUCAAUUUUCUAAAUGAAAGACUGGAUUGCAUUAUGAGGGAUUCUUUGAGUCAGUGGAGAUGCCCUGCGUGACAGAGCAGCAUAGAAGUGAAAUGUUUCAGUCGUGUUUGUUAAAUGCAUCAGCUUGGCUUGGUUAAGCUCUUCAACAUGGUGACCAGGGCAUUGUGUUAUUGCCCAGCUUGUCUAGUCAGAAUAUCGAAUUCUAAAAAAUAUCUACUGCAAAGACCUAGUGUAAUAUAAUAAUAUAAUGAUUUUGCAGGAAAUCUUUAACUUUUGAAAAGUUGUAGCACAAGAAGUGCCAGUUUAGCUUUGCACAGAUGCCUCAUAUUUGUCAAGUGCCUUUGUUAUAUGAAACAGGAGGGGUGUUAUUGCCAUUUGCCAGGGUUAAAGUCACAUAUUUGUGCUGUGUGAUUUAAGAGGGCUGAAAUUUUAAGCACAGAAAGGAGCGCAAUAAUUAAAUUUAUUAUAAAAGCAUUGCACUUAAAAUAGGAUUUAACGCUCUUAUAUUACAGGGACUCUAUUAAGGCAAUUAAACGCUGUUUGCAGGGAAUUCGUGCUGCCAAAGGAGAACAUGUUCUUGAUGUACUGUAUUAUAAGUGUAUAAUUUUGUCACGUUCAUACAAGGCAACUGCUCUCACAGAAAUUUAAGAGUUAACUGUGAGUAGAAAGUGUGUCUGUACAACAUGACCAAAAUGCAUGAAGUGCAGCUAAACUUAUAUCCUCUGAAGGGAAUGACUAGCUUCUAAUGUUUUUAUUGAGAUGAUGAAAACAUUUAAAGUUUAUAGGAGUUUUGAAGGCAGCUCUGUUUUGAAAAAAACAAAGACAUUCAUGAGGAAACAAAAGCAAAGCGAGGAUAAAAUUAAGUGUUUAAAGAAGCAUUUAAAAUUUUUAGAGGUUGAAGCCUAAAAAUCUGAAAGGAAACAUGUUUGAGACCAAGCCAAGGUGAAAAAAUGAAUCAUUCAAAUGCAUUUAUUCUAGGCAAUAGAUUUCUGAUGUGUUUAUAUGAACUGUAUUGUCUUCUGUGUUUACUGUAGAAGUUUUUGUAGUGCUCAUGAACAACGAAACAAGAAUGAAUAUUGCUCUAUAAAACAGUCAAUAUUUACUGUAAAGUGUUUUUAAGAAACUAUCAUUAUUAGGGGCCAAGCACAGAAAGGUUAAAGGUGAGGAAGCUGAAAGGGUAUAUAUCUAUAUAUCUCUGUAUCUCUGUAUAAAGGCUAUCUCUGUUAUAUUAAAAGGCUGACGACGCCACCUAUUGGCCAAAAGUUAUAAGUAAUUCUAUUUUUUUUUUUUUUUGGACUUUAAAGCCCUUGUCUUUAAAUCCUUACAAGGAAUGCUAUGUCCAAUCAGAUUUACAAAUCAUUUACAUGAUGUUUUUGUUGAUGUGCUUGGUUCUGUAAUUGCUGCUUGCAGCUAUAUUUAUAAAAAUAAUUAUUAUUGUUAAUACAACAAUCAGUUAGAUGAGGGAUAUAAGCAAUUAGUCCAUUAUAUCCUUUCAGAAAUGGGAUAAAAAAUGUUGGGAAAAUAAUUCAGAAAAGAAAAGAAUGUGUGUUUUUUUUUAUUUAUUUGUUAUUCUAAUUAUAUAAAUAUUAAGACACUGGGUACAGAGUUAAAAGGCAAGAUUAUUCCAAAUAUGACAGCAUUAAACCGUUGACAUAUUGGAUGUAAUUUCACACCAAAUUUGUAAAAUUACGACUGAAGUGCAAGAAGCACAUCUUUAGUUUGUACUAAACUGGCCUCAUAAUGUGUUCACUGAUCAGUAAUCUGUUGCAGAAUUCAGUGAGGCCAAUUAUUAUAUAAAAUAUUAAAUUAUUUCCCUUUGAGCUUUGAUGACUGCAGUGAACCUGUAACUGCAUUUAACAAUGUGUCACAAAGGAACUAAAGAUUACUGUAAAUAGUAAAUGCUUUAGUUGUUAUGUAUUAUUCCACUGCAUGAGAAAGUAAAAGGAAAAAUUUACGUGGUUCAUGUAUACACUGUAAAAUAUAAUCUUAAAAGUAAAUGCAUUUAUGUAAUUUGCACAAACGUAUUUUGCCAUGUUAGAAAGUAUUAAAGGAGUGAUAGGCCUUAAAACAGAUGUGUUCUUUAAGGUUAAUAGUUUUACAGUGUAUUUUGUACAAAAAAAAAAAAAAAAGCUGUAUUGUCCGUUUUCAUCAAUAAAGUUUUCUAUCUAAAUAUAA